UUAACCUAUUGGGCUCGAAAGAAUUAAAAGUGAGGGACAUUUUCUUGGAAACCAUCGACUUCCAGGUGUAUUCCGAUCUGGACCGACCACUAGACUAGGUAAAAUUUCAGUUUAAUGCCUGCCCUAUUACAUAGUAUCCGCUGUUUCUGUAGUUUAUCAUUUCUGAUCCAAUUGUAGGGGCAAUCUAAUUUCACAUCCCAGCAUUGGUCAGGCCAUGGCUUCUGAAAUUUGAUGAGAUGUGACAGCAAGGUGUUCAAGGCACCGAGAGAUAAUCUGUGCGCACUGAAGAAAAAGAGCUUCAUUUCUCGAAGACCCGUAACAAGGACACUAGCAUACGCUGGGCUGUGUAGUGUAGGCAUCUGUUGUUAUAAUGAUCUCUAAACAUUGAGGUAUAUUUUAUGAUGCCAUACUAGAAUCAUUCAAGAGCGCAGUCAUUUUUUAAAUGAAAGAACCAAAAAGCUACUGGACUAGAGAUGAAUAAAUAGAGGAGACGAAGAGAGGGAUGGGUAGAGAAGGAAAGCAGCUAUUUUCCUAAUUGCAGUGCUAUUGGUUGCCGCUGACGCCCUUUGUGUGAAAGGUAUGAAACAGAGGCGGAUAGACCGAGAGCUCGAUCAAAAACCAUGACAACUGGAGGGGGCAUGCAGGACCAGGGAGCUUUCUGAAAAGGGGCAGGCAGGACCAGCGGGGAACUGUAUGUCACACAGGGGAGCACGAGCGAGGAACAGUAAAAUCUUUGCCUCGGGACUAAACGCAGUAAGAGGAGUGGCGCGAUAUGUGACAGGGGGCAAGACACGGGAUCGGGGUGAUUUGUGACAGGAGACCAGGCGCAAGAGCCAAGCCCGAUCUGAGGCAGGCAAGGAGACACGCGCACGCACACUCUCUCACACACACACAUUCGUUCGGCUCGCUUUCAGACGCACAUCUGUAUUCUGCGAAGAAGCGCUCUCCGCGCGGAGGAUUCGGAUGACUAUUUUACGCUCAUCGGAUUCUUUUCACGAGGAAGGCAAGUGCCAGUGCUUCUGCGUCUUCUUCGUCCCUGCUCGGCGAUUUAGACGGCAGCGGAGCGUUGCGGUUUCAAGCGAAACAUGGCCAAGGAAUCGAGCCGCCGAUGGUGACAGCUGUAGGCAUCGGCGCUUGUCCCCGUGUCUGUCAGCUCAAUGAAGAUGUGAUCCUUCGUUUGGACCUCCAUCUCAGUUCCAGCUCUGCAACAGCCCUGCUCCAAUGGAAUGAACAAUGGCACAGCUCUAUUACAAAAAGGUGAACUACUCACCCUACAGGGACCGCAUUCCACUUCAGAUCGUGCGUGCAGAGGCCGAACUCUCUCUGGAGGAGAAGGCUUAUCUAAGUGCCGUUGAGAAGGGUGACUACGCCAGCGUGAAGCAUGCUCUGGAGGAGGCAGAAAUCUAUUACAACAUUAACAUCAACUGCAUCGACCCUCUAGGCCGCAGUGCCCUCCUCAUCGCCAUUGAGAACGAGAACCUGGAGAUCAUGGAACUGCUUCUAAACUACAAUGUCUACGUCGGGGACGCUCUGCUGUAUGCCAUUCGAAAGGAGGUGGUUGGUGCGGUGGAGCUCCUCUUGAGCCACAGAAAACCGAGUAAGGAGAAGCAGGUCCCUUGUCUGAUGAUGGACAGCCAGUUUUCGGAGUUUACUCCAGAUAUUACCCCAAUCAUGUUGGCGGCCCACACCAAUAACUAUGAAAUCAUCAAACUGCUCGUUCAGCGGAAGGUGACGAUUCCUCGUCCUCACCAGAUUCACUGUAACUGUGUGGAAUGCGUUUCCAGCUCCGAAGUGGACAGUCUGCGGCACUCACGCUCCCGCCUUAACAUCUACAAGGCCCUGGCUAGCCCUUCUCUCAUUGCUCUCUCCAGUGAGGACCCAAUCCUUACGGCAUUCCGACUGGGGUGGGAGUUGAAGGAGCUCAGUAAAGUGGAAAACGAAUUUAAAGCGGAAUACGAGGAGUUGUCUCAACAGUGCAAGCGCUUUGCAAAGGACCUGCUGGAUCAAGCCCGUAGCUCUAGAGAGCUGGAGAUUAUCCUCAACCAUCGGGAUGACCACAGCGAGGAGCUGGAGCCGCAUGAGUGUCACGACUUGGCGAAGCUUAAACUGGCCAUCAAGUAUCACCAAAAAGAGUUCGUGGCUCAGCCCAACUGUCAACAACUCCUGGCAACACUGUGGUAUGAUGGAUUCCCAGGCUGGCGCCGGCGGCACUGGGCAGUGAAGCUGCUGACAUGCUUUAUUCUUGGCCUUCUCUUCCCCAUCUUCUCUGUAAUCUAUUUAAUUGCACCCAAGAGCAGCUUAGGACAGUUCAUUAAAAAGCCAUUCAUCAAGUUUAUCUGCCACACCGCCUCCUAUCUGACUUUUCUGUUCCUGCUGUUGCUAGCAUCCCAGCAUAUUGUUCGUACUGACCUGCACAUGCAAGGACCUCCGCCUACCAUUGUGGAGUGGAUGAUUUUACCUUGGGUGUUAGGUUUUAUAUGGGCUGAAAUUAAGGAAAUGUGGGAUGGAGGAUUCACUGAAUAUGUACAUGACUGGUGGAAUUUAAUGGAUUUUGCCAUGAACUCCUUGUACCUUGCUACAAUUUCAUUAAAAAUCGUUGCAUAUGUCAAGUACAACGGUUCCCGUCCACGAGAAGAAUGGGAAAUGUGGCACCCUACGUUGAUUGCAGAGGCCCUAUUUGCCAUUGCAAACAUCUUCAGCUCACUACGACUCAUCUCUUUAUUCACGGCCAAUUCUCAUCUGGGACCCCUUCAGAUUUCCCUUGGUCGCAUGCUCCUCGAUAUUCUCAAGUUCCUGUUUAUUUACUGUUUGGUGCUUCUGGCCUUUGCUAAUGGACUCAACCAGCUCUACUUCUAUUAUGAGACGAGUGGCACAGAUGAGCCCAACCACUGCAAAGGCAUUCGCUGUGAGAAACAAAACAAUGCCUUCUCAACGUUGUUCGAGACUCUUCAGUCACUGUUCUGGUCAGUGUUUGGCCUACUGAACCUCUAUGUCACAAACGUGAAAGCAAGGCACGAGUUCACCGAAUUUGUUGGAGCAACUAUGUUUGGCACAUACAACGUGAUCUCAUUGGUUGUGCUGCUCAAUAUGCUGAUAGCCAUGAUGAACAAUUCAUACCAACUCAUUGCCGAUCAUGCUGAUAUUGAAUGGAAGUUUGCACGAACAAAGCUGUGGAUGAGUUACUUUGAUGAGGGAGGCACACUUCCACCUCCGUUCAACAUCAUUCCAAGCCCUAAAUCAACUUGGUACCUCUUUGUGUGGAUACACAGGAAACUGUGUUCAUGGAAGAAUCCAGAGGAUGAGCAAAAGAAGCACGAGAACUUCAGAGCUUUCACAGAACGCCAUGCUGACAAUCUUAUCCAAAAUCAACACUAUCAGGAAGUCAUAAGAAAUUUAGUGAAGAGAUACGUGGCAGCAAUGAUCAGAAGCGCAAAAACAGAUGAGGGCCUAACCGAAGAGAAUUUUAAGGAACUGAAACAGGAUAUUUCCAGUUUCCGUUAUGAAGUUCUCGAUCUAUUGGGCAACAGAAAACCUCCAAGGCGAACCUUUUCCUCCAGCAGUGAAGCUACUCUCAAAGAUGAAAUGAAUGAUGAGGAUGGGUGCCCCACAGAACACUCGAAAUCUCGAAGUGUCUCAUUCCGGGUGGCAGAGAAAAGAAGCGAUCCAUUUAGUGUGUCUGCUUUAUUUAGAUCCAUGUCAGGAACUGACAUUGUAGAGGAGAAACCAAAGAACAACAGGUUCAAGAAAUCUUUUGUCAAGAAUGGAAACAGACUUCAAAGAAUUUCCAAUUCCAAAAAAGACUCCUUUAAAAGACUUGGCCUUCUAUUCUCCAAAAUGAAUAGCCAUCGUCCGGAGCAGAACUCAGAGCCAAUGUACACUAUUUCAGAUGGGCUGGUCCAGCCCCAGUUCAUGUGGCAGGAUUUUAAGUAUUCUCAAAUCGCUAAAGACAAAGACGUGACGAGGAGUGAAAGUCACUUAAAUGAGGUGGGUAACUGUGAGGCUGCGAAUGUCAAUGGCACGGACAAUCUUUUGGUUCCUAUUUGCAGCAACUCCCUUCACUGUGCUUCCAGUACCACGGCUUCCAACUGCAAGCUAAUUGACUCCAAUGAGGACGUAUUUGAUUCAUGGGAUGGGAGCUGUGGCCUUGUGAACAACAAGUGGAAAACUGGCCAAGAGGACAGUGUUACAACUAUGUUAUAAAAACAGACAUUUGGCACCUAAGUUGGAGGGAAGAAUAAUCACUGAUGUCAAGCUUUGUUUAUAACCCAGGUCAGCAAAUUUGCUUCCAACAGCUAGGAGCAAGGCUGUAGCACUGACUCAUUCUGCUUUAACUGACUGUCACAGAUCAUUUUUAGCAGUCAAGACUAACCAAGAAUAUUAUGAUUGCAAUAGUAAUAAUUAACAGAACACUGUUUAUCAUGUAUAAUUUUGUUGUCUAAAGAUUAUUUUUUACUCAGUCAAACAUAGUCCAGGUGGCUUAAAACAUGGUCUUUGGCCCUAAAAGGUCCAAAUAAAUCUGAAAGGGGAGUCUAGAAAGGUCUUUUUUUAUAUUUAUCAUGUGUCUGGUUAUUUCAUCACUUAUGAGACAACUAAAAUAAGAGGGUGCUUCAAAUUUAUACUCUAUGAAUCAAAAAAGAUGGCACUAUUGUCAUAAUCCCAAUAUACACUUUUUAUACUUCAUAAUUAUAGAUAAUAUAUAAUUUGGACAGGAUUGUUCGAUUUAAUCCAAAUGAAUAGUUUCAUAUAAACUAAAAUAAGUGAAACCAAUUCAAGACUUUCCACUUCAAAAAUGAACAAGCAUAGUAAAAUUUCAUUAUUUAAAAAACUCCAAUUGUUUGCAAUAUCUUUUGAAUAGAUAUAUACAGUAGUUCCAGCUACUAUACAUAACUGAGAAGAUGGAAGAAAUAUUAUUUACCAAGAUAUGUCUCAUAUUUAGUUUAGACAGCUAGAAGAUUUGCUUCUUAUUUUUUUAUAGUUUGUCAAUUAAAAUUUUCCUUUGAUGUGCAGCUCUAGAACACUAUGUUAGAAAUGCUCAUUUUAAAUAUACUGGGUCUUUAUGAGUAUGUGUCAAGGCUUUGUCUGAAAGGACAACAAGGAGGAAUAAGGUGAUUUGCUAGAAUGGCUGGGAAGUUUUCUAAUUUUUUUUUUUGCUAAUUAUUAUUAUUAUUAAAGAGGAGGUGAAAAGUGGGUGAUCAGUGCUCACCCUGCAUAAGUAAGUGUGGAAUUUUUCAUUUACUAAUUAAUAAAAUGACAACAGCCACGGGUAUGUUCAGCCUUCCCAGAAAGAAGGGAGAGGAUACUAGAAGGCAGAAAAGCAGCUUGAUUUAUAAAGGAAAAGAAAUCUGGCAUUCAACAUACACUGUGAAAAGGUGAGAGUCUGACUUCUGACCUUGAACACAGCCUUCAGAAACGGGCAAGGGGAUGUUGUUCCCUCUCAGUAUAUUUCUGAAAAUCACUUCUGAAAGGGAAAGAAUACUCCUUUUUGCAUUGUAAACUACAUUUAAUAGCACUCUUUGCUUAUUUUUUUCAUUGUGAUUUGCUCAUCUUAUGCUAUAAAUUAAGAUGACAUUUACUAUAGGCAAGAUCAUCAUACACUACAGAAACUGUACUAUGGGAAUAAAGGAAAACUAAAAAUACCAUUAUACAGACUUUAUGUGUGGGUAGUAAAACAAACACAUCUAAUACAUAAAACUGCUAUCUUGAUUUAUCAUGAAAUAAUCGCAAAUUGGAGAUAAAAAUGAAAAUGCAAGUUGCAGCCACUCUCUCGGUUAUAUAUACAGUAGAUGCUGUGACUUUAAUUUUUGAGGAACAUAUUAAUAAUCAAAACAGUUAACCAGGCAACAUACAGAAGUUUCAUUUGCAGUGCUUCAAUUACCGCAAUGGUGGUCUACUAUUGAGGAGAAACACUUUCAGGGUCUUACAGUCUGUAAAGAGGGCAGAAACUACGUUGACAGAAGCAAGUUCAUUUUCCAGCAGCCACAGCAAUUGCAGACAUUCAUUACUGCCUAGUACUAUUAGAGAAAAUAAAAAAAUUAAAAAAUUAACUGAAAUCCAUGUCAAAUUAUUUUUUAUUUGAACAUUUCCAAGAAAAGAGCUAGGAAGUUAAACAAUAUUAUAUAUAUAUAUAUAUAUAUAUAUAUAUAUAUAUAUAUAUAUAGACACACAUUAUUUAGAGAUGAUGUGAGGUCUGUGGACUUUUAGAGGAAACCCCAAGUCUCCAAUUAAACCCAAGUGAAAGAAGGUAGGAAGAUUUAAUAGAAAAAAAAUAUAUAUACAUAUAAGAGACGGCCGGCACGGUGGCGCAGUGGUAGUGCUGCAGCCUCGCAGUAAGGAGAAGAUGAAACUAAAGAGCAAGAAGAUGUACAGAACAAAUCCAACAUGGAGUCUCAAACUGCCUUUAAUGUAUUUGUACAUUUUAAUCUUUUUUGAUCGCGAGAAAUCCUUUGCCAGAUUGGGUCACUCUAAAUGCGAACCGAGAGGCUGGCUGCUGAAAUAUGCAUUCAAAGUAUUUAAAACUACCUACACACCCAGCUCUCAUUAUACACAAAUAACAGAGUUCUGAAGAUCCAAAAAGUACACUUGAUCUGAUUCAAAUCACAUCAAAUGCCUUACCUUCUGCAAUGUUGUAGAGGAAUGUCUAGCUACAGUCCGUAACUCACAUUUUGAAGCUGUGUUCUUUUUAAAUUAGAGUAAAAGAGUAAAAUAUAUUUUUUAAUAAAAAGUCUCCUUUUAAAUUUAUCCUUGCAGAUAUAUUUGAUUUGUCUUGUGUAUCUAUUUAUCUAAAUUAUUAAUGUGUUAGAAUUCUCACCUGUGUGCAUUAUUUAUUUUUUACUAUAAACAUUUUUGAGCUUUUUCUGGUACAAUUCAAAUGCAUUUCAUAUUCUAUAAAAGGCUUAAAAUAACUGGGAGGAAAGUGUUUUUAAAAUCCCCAACCAUGAUAUAUGCAAACUAUAUUGUCAAAAUGUAAGAUUUUAUAUUUGCCAUUCUGGGCAAAUUUUUGAGGGAGGAUAUUGUAUGGGUGGGGGUUGGGUUGAGAUUAUGGGACAAGGAGACCUUUAUGUAAAACGUCUACUACUACUUAUAAAAGUUGACUGAAAUGUAAUUUUCAGAAUAUUUUCAGAGCUGGUUGAUAUGCAAUCACUCAUUGUACACAUGCAAUAAUUUAGGUUUGAAAAUCUGCUCAAUAAAUUGAAUUUCCUUAAAUUAGCUUGCAAAAAUAUAUUUUUUGCAAUGUUUAUUAAAGCAACUUUUUAACUAGA